CUAGCAUUGUGCUGUUUGUUCUGUAGGCAGAAUGGGGAUGUGUGUGAGGUGGAGUUGGCUGCUGCUGGUGGCUCUGGUUUCUGGCAUAGGAUUGGCCAGUGCUGGGGAGCGUGUCUUGGUUAGACGCCAAUCAGGUGAUUGGUGGAGGCAUCACCAGCACUCUGUCAGGGGUUCUCCUAGAGUGUCUCAUGUGGGGGCUGCUCAGCCGAUGUCUGGCCUGGGGUCUUACAGAUGGGGUGCUCAGCCAGUGUCUGGCCUGGGGUCUUCCAGAUGGGGUGCUCAGCCAGUGUCUGGCCUGGGGUCUUCCAGAUGGGGUGCUCAGCCAGUGUCUGGCCUGGGGUCUUCCAGAUGGGUUGCUCCGCCAGUGUCUGGCCUGGGGUCUUCCAGAUGGGGUGCUCAGCCUGUGUCAGGAUGGGGGUCCCCUGUUAGGAAUGAUGGGGGAGCUGCUCGAUCUAGACAGCUGGCACCAACCCAGAGCUCUCCUAUCAGUGUGCAGUGUGGUGAGGACAUGAUGGUGGUGACUGUGAUGAGAGACCUGUAUGGGAAUGGGAAGCUGGUGAAGGCCUCAGACCUGAGCUUGGGACCCCAGUCCUGUAGUCCUGGUCCCCAGAGCACCGAUACCAGUGUGGUCUUCAAGAUUGGCCUCCAGGAGUGUGGGAACGCAGUACAGAUGACUGCAGACUGGCUGAUCUACACCACCUCCCUGACCUACAGUCCAACAUCCUCUAGUGGUGUACCCAUCACCAGGACCAACUCUGCUGUGGUUCCCAUCAUGUGUUUCUAUCCCCGACAUGGUAAUGUGAGCAGCAAUGCCAUUGAGCCAACAUGGGUUCCGUUCAGUACCACAGUGUCUUCAGAAGAGAGGCUGUCCUUCUCCUUGCAGUUGAUGAUGGAUGACUGGAGUGCUCCCAGACCUUCCUCUGACUUCCAGCUGGGGGACAUGCUCUACAUAGAGGCCUCUGUGGACACUCAGAACCACAUCCCUAUGAUGCUAUAUGUGGAUAGCUGUGUGGCCACUCUGUCUCCUGAUGUCCAGUCCACCCCGAUUUAUGCUAUCAUUGCCUACAAUGGGUGCCUGGUGGAUGGCCAGCAAGAAGAUUCCUCUUCCACCUUUGUAUCCCCAAGGCCUGAGCCUGACAAGCUUCAGUUCAUGGUUGAUGCUUUCCGGUUCACUGGGAUGGAUGUCUCUCUGAUUUAUAUCACUUGUACUCUGAGAGCUGCUGCAGCCACCCAGGUUCCUGAUCCAAUGAACAAGGCCUGUUCCUAUGUGAAGGCAUCUAGUAGCUGGGUGGCUGUGGAUGGCCUCAAUACAAUCUGCCAGUGCUGUAAUGCUGGGACCUGUGCUGGUCAGAGCAGGAGACUGGGACCCAUCCGUGGGAUUCCAAGAGGAAUUGGCAAAAGAGAAAUUGCAGCAGGUCCAUCUACAGAAGAACAUGGAUCGGUGACUUUGGGUCCUCUGCUGGUGGUUGGGGCAAACCCUGUCCAGGCUCCAAGAAUGACUGCAGAGUCGGGGCACUUGGAACAGUGGAUGCUGGUGGCCGCUGUGUCCCUCAGUCUGGCUGUGUUACUUGGCUUUUUUGCUCUGACUGUAAAAUGCAUCAUGAAGAGACAUGCUGGUGUACAGGCUGCAGAAAAAUAAAAUGCUAUAUUGCAAUCUUAA